GUUGAAAGCACAAUGAGAUCCGGUCCUGAGAUUGGUAUUCACAGGUAAAUACCACGACGGAGAAAUUCUAUAAACUAUGGGGGACACUAUCGUCUAUGUCGAAAGUGGGUGCCGGAGCUAUCAAGGAAGGGUGCCCGAAAGGCACAAACACAAACAUGAUGAUGUCAGUCAGAACAGAACUGAAAAAUAGAAUCGAAGAGUCGAGAUAAGAGAUUGUACAUGAAAUGAGAGAGAGAGAGAGAGAGAGAGAAGAGUUGCUGUUGCUGAUGUUUGACGCAGCCACCACUCAUUGACGGCCGCCACGCUCCGUUUCUUAGACCGCUCUUUUGCCGCCUCGCGCUCUCCCCCUUCUUCCCUAGUGGUUCUUCCUCUAAUUUAAUCCAGUAAUCCUCUUCUCCUUUAGUUCUUGGGUGUGAUUGUUUUUUGGCUCGGAAAUAAUACUCUUGGGUGAGUAAAGCUCUGGAGUGAAAGAUUCGAGUGUUUGGAAGAUUCAGGUAGAGUAAUUAGCUGCGAUGUGAUUUGUGUGUGCGGAUGUGUUGUGACUCUCUGAUCAAAGCAGUCAGCUGGGGGGUUCCAACGCUCUAUAAAUACCUGUUUCGUUUCAUCGUGAGGAUUGGUAAGAGAGGAGAGUACUGAGUCUCAAACCCCGAUUGCCUUGGAUCUUUCCUGCCCUCAAAUUAAGAUCUCUGCUUUUCUGGAUUCAUCCACGUACACACUCCUCUCUCCAGACGGCAGAAAAAACAGCUCUUUCCCCUCUGUCUUUCUGCCUCCUUUAAUAAGUGAGAAAGAGCCGAGCUGGUGAAAAUCUUGGGGGAUAUUGUAGGGUUUGCAUAGAGAUAGAGUUAUUAAUAUUAUUACUCUAUUAUUCUUGUAUUUGGUAGGCAGGGAGGAACGAAAGGAUUGCAUGCACAAGCUGGUAAUGAUGGCCGUUAGUUUUUUACACUAGAGAUUCUCAAAGCUCAGAGACAGACACGUUGAGUUUCCAAAACUGAAACGCUCAAAAUUGACUCCUCGCCAAAAACCUGCAUGCUCACCAAUUAACGGAAGACCACCCCCCCAGCCUCUCUCGAUAUAUAGACGAAACCACAACCACAAGAAGAAAGACCACACCUUCAAAAAUAAUAGAGACGAUUUAGAGAAACAAAGAUGCACCAAGAGAGAGAUGGAGGAGGACCAGAAGACAUGAAGGCACAAGACUCGAAACUAAAGCCUAUGCAAGCUGAAAACGAUCAGCAGCAUCAUCCUCAAAAAUGCCCUCGCUAAGGUACUGGACUCAAGGAGGAACCCUCAGAAACGUCCCCGUCGGAGGCGGUUGCAGGAAGGGGAAGCGUGCAAAAACCUCCUCAUCUGCUGGCGAGAAUUCUCGGUCUCAGCAGCCCCCACAGCCGCAGCAAGUACAACAAAAUUUGACAAACCCACCAGCUAUAAUCCCCUCCGAUCCAGUUUUCACCCCAAGUCCAGCUCUAAUGACCACAGAACCCGGCAAUUUGGCUUCACAAUCUGGAGCAUCGAUCCAUUCAACUGCGCCGUACUAUGCGGGAGGUGGGAAUUUAUCCUCUUUGGCAGCAAUUCAAUCGUUAAUGAAUCAACCACAUUCUUUCAGUCAAGCUCUCACUUAUGCUAGGGGAGGUUUGGAGGGUUCUUCAAAUUUGGAUCUUCUACAAGGCCGGUUUACUGUCCCUUCGUUUGGGUCACAACAGCAGCAGCGGCAAGUCCAGCAAAGGCAAUUUUAUCCAAUGGGUAACAUAGAUAGAAGCAUGGAACCGCUCUAUUUUACUGGAGAAACAUGGAGUCAGUCAAACAGGCAGACCAACACUUCUUCCCGUGACUGGUAUCAGAGCUUUCUAAACAAUACUAACGCCACGGCCGCUGACACCACUCUGUGGAGUAUUAGCACAGCCGCCACCGCCACUGGUAACGCUAACGGCAAUAACAGUGCUGCUUCUACUUCGAAUCCGAGUCAGUGGCCUAAUCUCCCUGGAUUUGAUCCUCCCCCGUGACCUUCUUCAGCCAUUUUUAGAAGCUCCCUCAAGCUCCAUAGAUCAAGCAGCUACAUAAUUUGGUGGAGUACUUUUUUUUGCUUUGUAUACCCAAAAAAGAGCCCGUUAAAUCUCUAUCUGUCUACCCUUUUUGUCUUUUUGUUUUACUUUGCAUGGUUUAGGCCCUCAGGGAAUGAUUGAUCGGUUCGUCAUAGUUUGAACAAAGAGAUCAGUUUAGCAUCUUGUGAUGCGAUUCAUUGUGGAUGAAAGAAUAGCGGGGUUAAUCGCCGCCUUUUUUUUUUUUUUUUUUUUUCUUGUCAUAAAGAAUUCCUGGCUUGAGUUUUGUUGUCUCGAACUUCUUAAUUUUUUACGUUAAGGUAUAUAUGCUUGAGCUUUAAUUU